AUGGCGCCUCUCGUCGACAGCGCUCAAAUCUCGCAAGCCGAGCUGCUUCGACCCCUUCCGUUUUUUCUUCAUGCCUACAUAUGGCCCUUUGCCAUUGUCUGGCCCAUUUUCGCACGCUACUACUUGACGCAAGAACUUUAUGAUAUUUGGAUUGGCGGAGAGGAGUGGACUUUUGUAUGGUGUGCUGCCAUCAUCACCGUCCAGUCCCUCUUCUGGCUCAGCACCCACUGGAGCAUCAAUCUCGCCGCACGCUUCACGGCUUCCAAGGCCCAGUCCAUCGAGGAUGCCCAGCUGAUCAAGGUUCUUCCCGUCGCUAACGCCGGCGCCGGCGAUAUCUGCAAGUUGGUGCGCGACAAGGCCGGCGGCCAGACCAACCUCUCGUUCCUCUUCCAGAAACGCCGUUUCCUCUACGAUAACGCGACCAAGUCUUUCCGAACACUUGAGUACUCGAUCGAUGCUGAGCCCAAGCCCAAGAUUGGCCAAUACCAGUCCUCGCGCGGUAUCGACAAGCAAUCAGAGGUCAACCGCAUCGAGCAACACUAUGGCACGAACACGUUCGACAUCCCCGUGCCAACGUUUACGGAGCUGUUCAAGGAGCACGCCGUCGCGCCAUUCUUCGUCUUCCAGAUCUUCUGUGUUGGUCUCUGGCUGCUCGACGAAUACUGGUACUAUUCUUUGUUCACCCUCUUCAUGCUGGUGGCUUUUGAAAGCACCGUUGUUUGGCAGCGACAGCGUACCCUCACCGAGUUCCGUGGUAUGAGCAUCCAGCCUUACGGUAUCUAUGUGUUCCGACUCGGCAAGUGGGCUGAGACACAAAGCGACAAGCUCCUCCCAGGCGACCUGGUCUCCGUCGGACGUACCAAGGAAGACAGCGGCGUUGCAUGCGACAUGCUUCUGGUGGAGGGCACGGCCAUCGUCAACGAAGCCAUGCUGUCUGGUGAAAGUACACCUCUCCUCAAAGACUCCAUCCAGCUUCGCCCCUCUGAUGCUCCCCUUGAGCCUGAGGGUCUCGACAAGAACUCCUUCCUUUGGGGCGGCACCAAGGUCCUUCAGAUCACGCAUGGCAACCCUGAUGUCGAGAAGCCCAAGCUGGCAUCUGGUGUCCCGACGCCCCCGGACAACGGUGCCAUGGCUAUCGUUGUCAAAACUGGCUUUGAGACGUCUCAGGGAAGCCUUGUCCGCACCAUGAUCUACUCCACCGAGCGUGUUGGCGCUGGAGAUGCCGAGGCACUCUACUUCAUCCUGUUCCUGCUGGUCUUCGCCAUUGCUGCCUCCUGGUAUGUUUGGGACGAAGGUGUUCGCAAGGACCGCAAGCGCUCCAAGCUUCUCCUCGACUGCAUCUUGAUUGUCACCAGUGUCGUCCCGCCUGAGCUGCCCAUGGAGCUGAGUCUCGCCGUCAACACCAGCUUGGCGGCUCUUGCCAAGCUAGCCAUCUUCUGCACCGAGCCUUUCCGCAUUCCCUUUGCUGGCCGCAUCGACGUGGCUUGCUUCGACAAGACUGGCACCCUGACUGGCGAGGAUUUGGUAGUCGAGGGUAUCGCUGGUCUGGGGCUGACACAUGAAGAGGUUCCCGACAAGAGAGAAGGAGAUGGUGCUCACUCAACCAUCACCCCAGUUAAGAACGCCGCGCUCGAGACUCAGCUGGUUCUGGCAACUGCACAUGCGCUCGUGAAGCUCGACGAAGGCGACGUGGUCGGUGACCCCAUGGAGAAGGCAACUUUGGGCUCUCUUGGCUGGAAUCUUGGCAAGAAUGAUCAACUGUUCAGUACCAACAAGGCUGGCGGUGCUCAUGGCAACGUGCAGAUUAAGCGUCGUUUCCAGUUCUCCUCGGCUCUCAAGCGCCAGAGCUCUGUUGCCAUGGUCCACGGUACCGACUCCGCCACUGGUCAGAAGAUCAAGGGCACUUUUGCCGGUGUCAAGGGUGCGCCCGAGACCAUUAUGAAGAUGUUGGUCAAGGUGCCCACUGACUACGAAGAGACCUACAAGUAUUUCACUCGCAAGGGUUCGCGUGUCCUGGCCCUGGCCUACAAGCAGCUCACCAUGGACUCGGAGCUCGGCGCAUCGAAAAUCAACGAUCUGAAGCGUGAAAAAGUUGAGUCUGAUCUCAUCUUUGCUGGUUUCCUCGUCCUCCACUGUCCCCUCAAGGAAGAUGCCAAGGAGGCUGUCCAGAUGCUUAACGAGAGCAGCCAUCGCGUCGUCAUGAUUACCGGAGACAACCCUCUCACUGCCGUGCACGUCGCUCGCGAAGUUGAGAUUGUGGAUCGUGAUGCUCUUAUUCUCGACGCACCUGAGGACAACGACGGCGGCGAUCUCCUGGUUUGGAAGAGCGUUGACGACAAGAUCUCCAUUUCUGUGGAUCCCACCAAGCCUAUUGAUUCCAAGAUUAUCGAGGACAAGGACAUUUGCGUUACGGGGUAUGCCCUCGCCAAGUUUGCGGGACAGCCCGGAUGGAGCCAGCUGCUCCGCCACACCUGGGUGUAUGCUCGUGUCUCUCCCAAGCAAAAGGAAGAGAUUCUUCUUGGUCUGAAGGACAUGGGCUACUAUACGCUGAUGGCUGGAGAUGGUACCAACGACGUCGGCGCGCUCAAGCAAGCACACAUUGGUGUGGCCUUGCUCAACGGAACUCAAGACGAUCUGACCCGCAUUGCCGAGCACUCGCGCAACACCAAGAUGAAGGAAAUGUACCAGAAGCAGUGUGAUCUGAUGAAGCGCUUCAACCAGCCUGCACCCCCCGUGCCUGUCAUCAUUGCCCACCUCUACCCCCCUGGUCCCAGCAACCCCCACUUCUCCAAGGCCGUCGAACGAGAGGCCAACAAGAAGAACAUGUCCAUCGACGAGUACACCAAGUCUCUGGGUCACCCUGCCGAGACCAUCACCUCUCCUGGCGCCCAGGACCUCAUCGCCAACAGCGGCAACAGGAAGCAGCAGGAUGCCAUGAAGAAGGCUGCCGGCCUCGCCGACCAGCUGUCGACCAGCAUGAUGGAGAGCGAGCUUGAUGAUACCGAGCCACCAACCUUGAAGCUCGGUGAUGCGUCUGUCGCCGCCCCCUUCACCUCCAAGCUCCGCAAUGUCAUCGCCAUCCCCAACAUCAUUCGCCAGGGUCGCUGCACGCUCGUCGCUACGAUCCAGAUGUACAAGAUCCUCGCCCUCAACUGCCUCAUCAGCGCCUACUCCCUAUCUGUUCUGUACCUGGAGGGCAUCAAGUUUGGCGACACGCAGUACACGAUCAGUGGCAUGCUCAUGUCUGUCUGCUUCCUAUCCAUCUCUCGCGCCCGCGUUGUAGAGGGUCUCAGCAAGGAGCGUCCUCAGCCUAACAUCUUCAAUGUGUACAUUAUCGGUUCCAUUCUGGGUCAAUUCGCAGUGCACAUUGGCACGCUUAUCUACAUUGCCCGCCUCAGCGAGAAGAUUGAACCUCGUUCCGGUGACGAUGUCGACCUCGAGGCCGAAUUCAGCCCGUCUCUGCUCAACUCUGCCAUUUACCUGCUCCAGCUCAUCCAGCAAAUUUCCACGUUUGCCAUCAACUACCAGGGUCGUCCUUUCCGCGAGUCCCUGUCGGAGAACAAGGGCAUGUACUGGGGCAUUGUCGGUGUCUCUGGCCUUGCUUUUGUCUGCGCCAUGGAGCUCAUCCCCGAGAUCAACCAGCAGAUGAAGCUCGUGCCCUUUACCGAGGAGUUCAAGACCAAGAUGACCGCGUCCAUGGUUCUUGAUUUUGGUCUCUGCUGGCUCAUCGAACGAGGUCUCAAGUGGGGCUUUAGCGACUUCCGCCCGCGCGACAUUGCCGAGCGUCGCACCGAUCAGCUCGAGCGUGAGAUGGCUAGGAAGGAGGUCUUGGCCAAGAAGAAGGCCGAGGAGGACGAGAAGAAGGCGCAGGAAAAAGUGCUCGAGUUUGAGCGCAAGGUAGAGGAGCGUCGCCGGGCGCUUGAGAACUGGAGGGCUGGAAGGCAGAACUAG